ACCAGGUAUGUAGCUAGCUACCUUCCUACCACGAGCGGUCAAGACCAAGACCAAGACCCAGGACCAGGAACAAGAGCAGGGCCCGCCUCGCGCCGGGCGGGCAGAUCGCGACGAACAUGUGGAGUAGGAGAGAACAACGAUGGCCGUUGCGUUGCGUUGCGCCGCGUUGCGUUGCGUUGCAGUUGCAGUUGCAUACGUACAGUGGACGCACGCAUACAUGUCGCGUUCCUACAUACAACACAACACAACACACCUACGCAAGUUCUUGGUGCCAAUGUAAUCCGUACCGCGUGCGCGUCCAUCACAACGGCCAGGCGGAUAAUCAUAUCGCGCGUGCUGCGACUCGGUAUACCUGCCCGGGUGAGGCGGCCCCCGCAUGGCCAAGGAACCUACCUAUGCGGGCGGGCUGCAAGCCACACUCUAUGCUGACUGCUACCACCACCACAACAAUAGCAACGACAACAACGACGGACGGCGAGGAGGAGCCCACAGCCCACAACCUACCUACAACCUACCUAACCCAACCCAACCACGCACCUACCCGUCCACACCAACAACAACCGUGUGUCUACAAGCACAGAUCCAAGCAACCCAUCGCAGCCCAAGGGUCCAGUACCCACGCCCUCCACGCUCCACGUCGCAAAAUGUAGAUGCGUGACCCCAACCGUCCGCCUCAGGGGCGGCAGCGGCAGCGGCAGCGACAGCGGCAGCGGCACGGAAGCCUCACAGACCCUGCCGGCGCCGCGCCUUAUACAGGGCGAGCCCAAUCAGCGGGCUCCGCGCCCACGCAAUGCUGGCGUCGCGCAACGCAAAAGUGAGGCUUGCCGCUUGGUGCCUGUGC